UGCCUGAAUUUUUUCUCUUAUUUUUUUUAAAUCCCACAAAAACCCUCCAAAAAUGGGGAAAAACAAAGAGAAUAAGAAGCAAGAGGAGCUCCUCAAAACCCUAGGAGACUUCACCAGCAAGGAGAAUUGGGACCAAUUUUUCAAAAUUAGAGGCAGUGAUGAUUCCUUUGAAUGGUAUGCCGAGUGGCCGCAGCUUAAAGAUAUUCUUUUGCCCCACCUCUCAUCACCACCGGCAGCCACCAGUGACGGUGGGGGAAGCAGCAGCAGCAGCCGUGGAAAGGCGGAGAAGAUUCAGAUAUUAGUACCUGGUUGUGGGAAUUCGAAGCUUUCUGAGUAUCUUUACGAUGAUGGUUAUCGAAAUAUUACGAAUAUUGAUUUCUCGAAAGUUGUGGUCUUGGAUAUGUUGAGGAGGAAUGUGAGGUUGCGGCCGGAAAUGAAGUGGAGGGUUAUGGACAUGACUCAAAUGCAGUUUGAAAAGGAGAGCUUUGACAUUGUUCUUGACAAAGGAGGAUUGGAUGCUUUAAUGGAGCCAGAGCUUGGCCCUAAAUUAGGAAAUCAGUAUUUAUCAGAGGUGAAAAGACUUCUCAAAGAUGGGGGAAAGUUUAUAUGUCUCACCUUGGCAGAAGCUCAUGUAUUAGGUCUAUUCUUCCCAAAGUUUCGAUGUGGGUGGAGAAUGAGUAUUCAUGCUAUUCCUCAAAAAUCAACUGAUAGGUCUAGCCUAUUGACUUUCAUGGUGAUUGCUGAGAAAGACAACUUGACUUCUUUUUCCCAGAUAUUGUCAUCCAUUGAUCAGUCAUUGAUUGCGAAGAAUGGGAAUCAGGCUCGUGGGCUUUAUGAAGUACUUGAAAGUGAAAAUAAAAUUCGUUCAACAUACUCCAGCAGUUCUGAUGUAUUAUACUCACUUGAAGAUCUGAAACUAGGAGCUAAAGGGAAUUUGGCAGAGCUCAAUCCGGGUAGGCGGAUCCAACUCACUUUAGGUGAACCGGGUUGUUCUCGUUUCACUUAUAAGGCUGUGCUUCUUGAUGCUUCACAUAGCUCUGAACCUUUUUCAUAUCAUUGUGGAGUUUUUCUUGUGCCAAAGACUCGAGCUCAUGAGUGGUUAUAUUCUUCAGAAGAAGGGCAAUGGGUGAUUGUUGAUAAUUCAAAAGUGGCUCGUCUAAUCAUGAUUCUACUGGACUCCAGCCACAGUGAUGCAAGCAUGGAUGAUAUGCAGAGGGAUCUCUCUCCACUGGUAAAGCAGUUGGAACCUGAAGAUUGUAAGAAUGGAGCUCAAAUUCCGUUUAUGGCUGCAAGCGAUGGACUCAAGCAACGAAAGAUUGUGCAUCAGGCUACAUCUUCCUUGACUGGUCCAAUCAUGGUAGAAGAUGUAAUUUAUGAAAACAAUGAUGAGUAUAUCAGCCGUCUGUUUCCGUGCGUGGAUGUGAUAUUUCGCCGCCUCACUUUUGAAAGGAGCAAGAAUUUAAUUCAAUCUGAGGCUCUUCUUACAAGAGUAGGAUCACAAGAAGUUGGUGAAAUUGGGCAGAAGAAAACACGUAUCUCUACCAAACACAAAAGAAAAGGAAACCAGAGAAGAUCAGUCAUGGCUGAACCAAACAAUGACUUAAGAGUUAACCACAAUUACUUGGCAAGUUCGUACCACUCUGGAACUAUCUCUGGAUUUUUAUUGAUUUCUUCAUAUUUGGACAACGUGGCAUCAAAGGGAGUCAUGGCCAAAGCUGUCAUAAUUGGACUGGGAGCUGGAUUACUUCCUAUGUUUCUGCAUGAAUGCUUGCCCUUUCUAGAGAUCGAAGUUGUGGAGUUAGAUUCUGUGGUUCUAGAUAUUGCCAGAGAUUAUUUUGGUCUUAAAGAAGAUACACGUUUGAAGGUACAUGUUACCGAUGGGAUAAAGUAUGUUAGGGAGAUUGCAAAUUCUGAGUUGGCUAAUUUAGCGACAUCCAAUCAUUGUCUUGUUGAGGGAAAAUCCUCUGUUUCAAGUGGAAGUUGCACUGUACCCCUUGCAGAAUGCACAAGUCUGAGAAAAACUGAUUUACUUAUUGUGGAUGUGGACUCUUCUGACUCUAGCUCUGGUUUGACCUGCCCUGCUGCAGACUUCAUUGAAGAGUCUUUUCUUUUGACUGCCAAAAGUUCUCUUUCUGAGCAAGGUCUGUUUGUGAUUAAUUUGGUUUCAAGAUCGUCCACUAUCAAAGAUUUGGUUUUCUCAAGAAUGAAAUUGGUGUUCACCCACCUCUUCUACCUUCAACUUGAGGAAGAUGUCAAUAUAGUUAUUUUUGCUCUUAAUACAGAGGCUGGCUUUGAGGAUGAUUGUUUUCAUCAAGCUCCCGACAAACUUUCCAGAUUAUUGAAGCUAGAACAAGGGUUGCGAGACCAGAUCUUAGAUGAUGCUAGAAAAAUAAAGCGUUUGAGGUGACUGGAAGUAGAUAUAUCGGCUACUGCAGCGCAAAAGUAUUCUAUACAAUUCAAAUCAGUGCAUUUGUGAUUCUCAUUGGCUAUUUUCCCAAGGAAAUAUGAGCUCAAUCUGUCACAACCCCAAUUGGCUUUGGCUGCUGUAGCUACACAAGCAAAACAAGUUUCAUGGUGGUCCUCCCAGCUCUCAGCUUUGCUUAGACUGCUUUUCUUCAAGCAAAUCAACGUUAAAUGUGCUGUUAUGUCAUGAGGGCGACAAAGGGUGCCAAAUUGAUUUACAUUAGGCUGUAUCUGCUUGUAAUCACAAAGUUAUAGCUGCCUUUUUCUUUUAAAGAGCACAUUUUCCCGCUAUACACAGCUGUAUGAUUGUUAAUUCUUGAAGACAGAGAUGUCAAAUGGCCUCUAGGGCUGGCUGGAUACUUCCAUUGGUUUCUUAUUAAAUUGUAAUAGGCAUGAUAAAAUACCUGGUGGUUUGUCUAAAUUUACAUUAUCCUCUUCUUUCUUUCAUCAGCACA